AUGAAGGCAUGGGAAGCAACGGUAAGAAAAACGCAUGCUGUCGCAAAACGACAAGCCAGCAACAUCUUCGGUUCAGCCCACGUUGCUAAUGUUGAAGAAGAAGUCGAAGAAGACCAUGAGGCUCAUGCAUCCGGUGAGGUCUAUCAAGCCGAACGUUAUAUCUCGAAUGGCGAUUAUUACACAGGAUACUGGUUAGAAAACUUCCCUCAUGGUUUCGGUAAGUAUUGGUGGACGGAUGGGUGCAUGUACGUUGGCGAUUGGUAUCGCGGGCAAACCAUGGGGAAAGGCACCUUCAGUUGGCCAUCAGGAGCCAGUUAUCAAGGGGAAUUCAAAAGUGGAUACAUGGAUGGUGAAGGCAUAUACACAGGUCCAAAUGGGGAUACUUAUAAAGGGUUUUGGGUUAUGAACUUGAGACAUGGAUAUGGAGUUAAAGAAUACACAAAUGGGGAUGUGUAUGAUGGAGAAUGGUGUAGAGGGUUUCCAGAAGGAGAAGGUAAGUAUCAAUGGAAAGAUGGGAAUUGCUAUUCUGGAGAAUGGAGGAAUGGAAUCAUGUGUGGGAAUGGAAAGCUAGUUUGGAAGAAUGGGAACAUAUUUGAAGGGAUUUGGGAAGAUGGUAUACCAAAAGGGAAAGGUGCAUUCCAAUGGGCAGAUGGGAGUUUUUAUAUUGGUAAUUGGAGUAAUGAUCCUUCAGAACUAAAUGUCACUUAUUGUUCUUCUGUUGAUGCUGUGGAUGAACAUUUAGAAUGGUGUCCACAACAACUCUAUGAAAUUGAUCUUAAAGAUUGUAGAAUUUGUCCAUUGGAGAAGUUUGCAAUCUUGCCUUCAAAUAAGAAACUAGUGGCCUGGAGAUCAUCAAAGGGGAGUAGUGAUCAUUCCACACCGAAACCUAGUCGAAGGAUGUCUGUUGAUUGUAGAUCGGAUCAUGAGAAGUUGAAUAAAACGCGAACGUUGGAUGAUUCUAGAAGGAGUUCGAAGGCAAGUGAUGAUGCAUCUGUGUUAUCAUCGCCUGGUAAUUCGCCAUUUGAAGCAAGUUCGAUUCAGAUCCCGAAAGUGGUGAAGAAACAAGGAGAUAUCAUCUCAAAAGGGCAUAAGAACUAUGAACUUAUGCUCAAUUUGCAGCUAGGGAUCAGGCAUUCAGUUGGAAGACCAGGCCCAAUGCCCUCAUUAGACUUAAAGCCAUCAGCUUUCAAUCCGAAGGAGAAAGUAUGGACAAGAUUCCCACCUGAGGGAUCUAAACACACCCCUCCCCACCAAUCUUGUGAAUUCAGAUGGAAGGAUUACUGCCCACUGGUUUUCAGGACAUUAAGGAUGUUGUUUAAGGUAGAUGCAGCUGAAUAUAUGCUAUCAAUAUGUGGGAAUGAUGCGCUUCGAGAACUCUCAUCCCCAGGGAAGAGUGGAAGCUUCUUUUAUCUUACUUACGAUGAUCGUUACAUGAUCAAAACCAUCAAAAAGACCGAAGUCAAAGUCAUUCUAAGGAUGCUUUCGGCGUACUUCAAUCAUUUUCGGCUCUACGAGAACACUUUAUUAACAAAGUUUUAUGGACUACAUUGUGUGAGGUUAAAUGGUCCUGCCCAAAGGAAGGUACGCUUCAUUAUUAUGGGGAAUCUUUUCUGCUCAAAUUACAUCAUUCAUAGACGCUUCGACUUGAAAGGAUCUUCCCUUGGUCGCCUUACAGAUAAGCCCGAGUCAGAAAUCGAGGCAACCACUAUACUUAAAGAUCUUGAUCUCAAGUUCUUCUUCCGACUCCAAAAGACAUGGAUCGAAGAAUUUAGUCGGCAAAUCGAUAGGGAUUGUGAUUUCCUCGAACAAGAAAGAAUAAUGGAUUAUAGCCUCUUGGUUGGGCUUCACUUCAGAGAACCAUCAAGCUUAAUACCCUCCGCCUCACAGACACCUGUUGGCCUCAAGCUGGGAAUCAACAUGCCAGCACGAGUGGAACGGAUGGAGAGGGCGAUAGAGACGGAACUGCUAGGCGAACCAACUGGGGAAUGCUAUGAUGUGGUCAUGUUUUUUGGGAUCAUAGACAUACUUCAAGACUAUGACAUCACAAAGAAACUCGAGCAUGCGUACAAGUCCAUCCAUUACGACCCUACCCUAAUAUCAGCUGUUGAUCCACGACAAUAUUCUAAACGAUUUCGUGAUUUCAUACUCAAACUUUUCAUAGAAGAUGAAUAG